AUGAGAGAGGUUAUCAGUAUCAAUGUUGGGCAGGCCGGUUGCCAGAUCGGUAACGCCUGCUGGGAGUUGUACUCCCUGGAGCACGGGAUCAGGCCAGAUGGGUACUUGGAAGAAGGGCUGACGAAGCCUAAAGGUGGCGAGGAAGGGUUCUCUACGUUUUUCCACGAGACUGGCGCCGGGAAGUACGUUCCCAGGGCCAUAUACGUGGACCUGGAGCCCAAUGUGAUCGAUGAGGUGCGCACGGGCCCAUACAAGGACCUGUUCCACCCGGAGCAGCUGAUCAACGGUAAGGAGGAUGCCGCCAACAACUACGCGCGUGGCCACUACACGGUCGGCAGAGACCUGCUGGACGAUAUCCUGGAGAGGAUCGGCAAGAUCGCGGACCAGUGUGACGGGCUCCAGGGCUUUUUGUUCACGCACUCGCUGGGUGGUGGUACGGGUUCCGGUCUGGGCUCUUUGCUGUUGGAGCAGUUGUCCAUAGAGUACGGUAAGAAGUCCAAGCUGGAGUUCGCCGUGUACCCAGCUCCCCAGCUGUCCACCUCCGUCGUGGAGCCAUACAACACCGUCUUGACUACACACACCACACUGGAACACGCAGACUGUACCUUCAUGGUCGACAACGAAGCCAUCUACGACAUGUGCAAGAAGAACCUGGGCAUCACCAGACCCAGCUUCUCGAACCUGAAUAACUUGGUCGCCCAGGUGGUGUCCUCCGUGACCGCAUCCUUGAGAUUCGACGGUUCUUUGAACGUAGACUUGAACGAGUUCCAGACUAACCUGGUCCCAUACCCAAGAAUCCACUUCCCACUGGUCUCCUACGCGCCAAUCCUAUCCAAGAGCAAAGCCUACCACGAAUCGAACUCCGUGCCGGAGAUCACCAACGCUUGCUUCGAACCAGGCAACCAGAUGGUCAAGUGUGACCCAAGAACAGGUAAAUAUAUGGCCACAUGCCUACUGUACAGAGGUGAUGUGGUAACAAGAGAUGUCCAACAAACAGUGGCUCAACUAAAGAACAAGAAGACUAUCCAAAUGGUGGACUGGUGCCCAACCGGUUUCAAGAUCGGUAUCUGCUACGAACCACCAACAGCUACUCCAAACUCCCAAUUGUCCGCUGUCAAGAGAGCAGUGUGUAUGCUGUCGAAUACCACCGCCAUUGCUGACGCUUGGAAGAGAAUAGAUAGAAAAUUCGACCUGAUGUACUCUAAGCGUGCUUUUGUACACUGGUACGUCGGUGAAGGUAUGGAAGAAGGUGAGUUCACAGAAGCUAGAGAAGACCUUGCAGCACUAGAGAGAGACUACAUUGAAGUCGGCGCCGACUCCUACGGUGACGAAGAAUUCUAA